UAAACAACGCAAAGUCAGCAUCCCCAACGACGAAUUCUCUCUUUGCUUUGUUCUCAAUUUUAUUAAUUUUGACUUGUUAUUUCUAAGACGCUACCUACUUUACCAGUACGCAUGCUUCUUUGAUGACUUUUGACAGUGUAUUAUCCAACCAAUCAUCAUUCCCUCACAAAAACAUGAACAAAAAGCAACAUAUUUAAUUACCAUUAAUAUAAUUUAUUUAAGUUUCUUUUGCUUAUAAUAUUCAUGGACUCUAAUCACUGGGUUUCACAGUUCUAAGAGCCAUUUCCUUCCACAUGAUUAAAAGAGUACAUACUUUUUUUCUUUCUUGUGAGGUUGGUGGAUAAGUUAUUUGAACAUCUGUCUAUUUGCCUUACAACUAAAAUUGCACUUUCUAAUAUAGCAGUCUCACUGUAUGAACUUAUAAUUGGGAAAGACACCCUUCAUGAGGUCCAGGAUUUCUGUUGGGAGCUUUCUGAGUUUGUUUGGUCAAGUAGAAAAUAGUGGUGGAAUAUUGUAUAUGGAACUAUAAGCUAGCAGUGUGGUUUCAGUAAGAAAACAAAACCAUGGAGGUUUUCUCCAGGUCUACUGGAGUGGAAGACGAUGAAGAAGCUCUGAAAUGGGCCGCUUUAGAAAGAUUACCUACAGGUUUACGUAUUAGGAGAGGUUUACUCACUGAGGCUGAGGGUCAAGCUAGAGAGGUUGAUAUCAGGAAUCUUGGAUUGCUGGAGAGGAGGUCUCUGAUAGAGAGGCUGGUUAAAAAUGCAGAGAGAGAUAACGAGAACUUCUUGUUAAAGCUCAAGGAGCGCAUUGAUAGAGUUGGACUUGAUAUUCCAACAAUUGAAGUUCGUUUUGAGCAUCUAGAUGUGGAGGCAGAAGUCUAUGUUGGAAGCAGAGCAUUACCAACAAUAUUGAAUUUCUCUUUCAAUAUUGUAGAGGAAAUCUUGAAUUAUCUUCACAUUCUUCAAAGUAGAAAGACAACAUUACGUAUUCUUCAAGACAUUAGUGGUAUCAUUAAACCUCAAAGACUGACAUUGCUUUUAGGUCCCCCAAGCUCCGGAAAGACCACCUUACUACUGGCCUUGGCUGGAAAACUUAGCAAAGAUUUAAAAUUUUCGGGGAGGGUUAAAUACAAUGGACAUGGGAUGGAAGAGUUUGUACCACAAAGGACAUCAGCUUACAUAAGUCAGCAUGAUCUCCACAUUGGAGAAAUGACGGUUAGAGAAACACUUGCUUUCUCAGCAAGAUGUCAAGGAGUUGGACCACAUUAUGAGAUUUUGGCUGAAUUAUUAAGAAGGGAGAAGGCUGCGAAUAUUAAACCAGAUCCGGACAUUGAUGUCUACAUGAAGGCAGCAGCACUAGAAGGGCAAGAGGCCAAUGUAGCUGUUGACUACAUUCUCAAGAUUUUGGGACUUGAAGUCUGUGCUGAUACUAUGGUUGGUGAUGAAUUGGUGAGAGGUAUCUCCGGCGGAGAAAAGAAACGAGUCACAACAGCGGAGAUGUUGGUUGGACCUUCUAGAGCUCUGUUCAUGGACGAGAUAUCAACUGGUUUGGACAGUUCAACAACUUUCCAAAUUGUAAACUCAAUAAGGCAAUCCAUCCAUAUUCUCAAGGGAAGUGCAGUCAUAUCUCUACUACAACCAGCACCUGAAACUUACGACCUAUUUGAUGAUAUAAUACUCCUCUCAGAUGGGAAAAUUGUGUAUCAGGGUCCACGUGAAAAUGUGCUUGAAUUUUUCGAAUUCAUGGGUUUCAAAUGUCCUAAGAGGAAAGGAGUUGCUGACUUCCUACAAGAGGUAACAUCAAGGAAAGAUCAAGAACAGUACUGGGCACGUAGAAAUGAGCCAUAUAGCUUUGUCACCGUCAAUGAAUUUGCCGAAGCAUUCCAAUCAUUUCACAUUGGUCAAAAGCUCGGAGAUGAUCUUGCUACUCCGUUCAACAAGUCCAAAAGCCACCCUGCUGCUUUAACAACAAAGAAAUAUGUUGAAAACAAGGAGUUGUUCAGAGCUUGCUUUUCUAGAGAAUUCUUGCUAAUGAAGAGGAACUCAUUUGCCUAUAUUUUCAAAUUGACCCUACUUAUUAUCUUAGCUUCUACAACAAUGACGAUAUUUCUACGUACAGAGAUGCAUCGGGAUACAGUUAUAGAUGGUGGAGUUUAUAUGGGUGCUUUAUUCUUUUCUGUCGUUGUAGCUAUGUUCAAUGGUAUAUCAGAACUCAAUAUGGCCAUCAUGAAACUUCCUGUCUUUUACAAGCAAAGAGAUCUUCUUUUCUAUCCUUCAUGGGCAUACUCCAUACCUACAUGGAUACUCAAGACCCCAAUAAGCUUUGUAGAAGCUGCCAUUUGGGUGAGCAUGACUUAUUAUGUCAUAGGCUUUGAUCCAAGUGCUCAAAGGUUCUUCAGGCAGUACUUGAUUAUCCUGUGUAUUAAUCAGAUGGCAUCGGGGCUCUUCCGGAUGAUGGCAGCGGUGGGAAGGAAUGUAAUUGUUUCUGGAACAAUUGGGUCAUUUGCAUUACUUGUAGUUAUGGUUUUGGGCGGAUUUGUCAUUUCACGAGAGGAUAUACAAACUUGGUGGUUGUGGGGCUACUGGAUCUCGCCAAUGAUGUAUGGACAAAACGCAAUAGCGGUGAAUGAAUUUCUUGGAAAGAGUUGGAGACAUGUUCCGCCUAAUUCAACAGAACCAUUAGGAGUUUUGGUGUUGAAAUCUCGUGGCAUUUUUCCCGAAGCAUAUUGGUUUUGGAUUGGAAUAGGAGCUUUAAUUGGAUAUACUUUUCUCUUCAAUUUUCUUUUCACACUGGCUUUACAAUACCUUGACCCAUUUGAAAAGCCUCAAGCAGUACUAUCCAAAGAGAGCUUGGCAGAGAGAAAUGUGAACAGAGCUGGAGAGUCCAUUGAACUACCUAAAAGAGGAAACAACUUUUUAGCCGAAAGGGGUAUUAAUGAAGGUCAAACAAGUGUACAGUCUUCAUCUGCAGAAGUGGGCAGAACUAGUGAUGCUAAUCAGAACAGGAAGCGUGGAAUGGUUCUUCCUUUUCAGCCCCAUUCCCUCUCUUUUGAUGAAAUAAGAUAUUCCAUAGACAUGCCACAGGAAAUUAAAGGUCAUGGAAUUCAUGAAAAUCGGCUACAACUUUUGAAGGGUAUGAGUGGUGCUUUCACUCCAGGAGUCCUUACAGCUCUAAUGGGAGUUACUGGUGCUGGAAAAACCACUUUAAUGGAUGUACUGGCUGGAAGGAAAACUGGUGGCCAGAUUGAGGGAAGCAUUAUGAUUUCUGGGUACCCAAAAAAGCAAGAAACAUUUGCACGUAUAUCAGGGUACUGUGAGCAAACUGAUAUACAUUCUCCUCAUGUUACAGUAUAUGAAUCUCUUCUUUAUUCGGCAUGGCUUCGGUUACCCCUUGAGGUUGACACUGCAACCAGAAAGAUGUUCAUUGAGGAAGUCAUGGAUCUCGUGGAGCUGACCUCUUUAAGGGAAGCACUUGUUGGAUUACCUGGUGUGAAUGGGCUUUCAACUGAGCAACGUAAAAGACUGACUAUUGCCGUUGAGCUUGUGGCCAAUCCAUCUAUAAUAUUCAUGGAUGAACCAACCUCUGGCCUUGAUGCCAGGGCAGCAGCCAUUGUAAUGAGGACAGUAAGAAACACGGUGGACACAGGACGAACUGUUGUUUGCACCAUCCACCAACCAAGCAUUGAUAUAUUUGAUGCUUUUGAUGAGCUAUUUCUUCUGAAGUUGGGAGGUGAGCAAAUAUAUGCUGGUCCACUAGGACCACAUUGCUCCAACCUGAUCAAGUACUUUGAGGCAAUUGAUGGAAUUCCUAAGAUCAGAGAUGGUUACAACCCUGCAGCAUGGAUGUUGGAAAUUACCUCAGCAGCGCAUGAGGCAUCUCUUGGGGUCAACUUCGCAGAUGUGUACAAGAACUCAGAACUCUACAGGAGAAACAAAGAACUGAUCAAGCAACUGAGUACACCUCCACCAGGUUCCAAUGAUCUUUACUUCCCUACAAGGUACUCUCAGUCUUUCUUCAACCAAUGCGUGGCUUGCUUAUGGAAACAGCACUGCUCCUACUGGCGAAACCCAUCAUAUAGUGCAGUCAGACUCUUAUUCACAACUUUCAUCGCUCUGUUGUUUGGGAUGAUCUUCUGGAAUCUUGGAUCGAAAUGGAGAAGGCAGCAGGAUCUUUUCAAUGCAAUGGGUUCCAUGUAUGCUUCUGUCAUCUUCAUUGGUGUACAAAAUGGCAUGUCAGUUCAGCCAGUUGUGGGUAUUGAGAGAACUGUCUUUUACAGAGAAAGAGCAGCCGGCAUGUAUUCAGCUUUACCUUAUGCAUUUGCGCAGAUAACAAUUGAGCUUCCCUACAUUUUCAUCCAGACAAUCAUAUAUGGGGUUGUAGUAUAUGCUAUGAUGGGAUUUGACUGGACGGUUUCCAAGUUCUUUUGGUACCUCUUCUUCAUGUACUUUUCCUUCUUAUAUUUCACAUUCUAUGGGAUGAUGAGCAUGGCUGUGACUCCCAACCACCAUGUUGCUUCCAUUCUAUCAUCUGCCUUCUAUGCAAUAUGGAACCUUUUCUCUGGAUUUGUGGUUCCUCCAACACGAAUUCCAAUAUGGUGGAAAUGGUACUAUUGGGCAUGCCCUGUUGCUUGGACACUGUAUGGAUUGGUUACUUCACAAUUUGGAGACGUAAAGGAUAGCCUUGAGAGUGGUCAAACGGUGGAAGAUUUUGUGAGGACUUACUUUGGAUUUAGACACGACUUCUUGGGAGUUGUUGCUGUAGUGAUUGUCUGCAUUCCUUUGCUUUUUGGUUUCCUCUUUGCCUUCGCAAUUAAGGCAUUCAACUUCCAAGUAAGAUGAAAAUGAAUGUCUCACCCACUAAAAAUUCAAAGCAGAUUCAAUUGCUUCAACUUCAAGAAAACAUUCUUCGUAAUUCUCAACAAAGUCUCUACGUGUAGGGAUAUAAAAUGUUUGGUUCUAUUUCUGCAAGAAACAAAGGAUAAAGACGGAAAGAAAUAAGUCAUGGUUUUACAAAAUCUUCUUUUUUUUUUUUUUUUCCCCUAAGAAAAGUGCUAGGUUUUCUUUACUGUAUUUAUAUGUUGCCUUCUAAGCUCGGAAAUGUAUUAAGAGCUUUAUUUCCAAAUCUCAUUAAUAUUAAUCGAACUUUUAAAUGUA